ACUGGUAGUUGUAGUAAGGCUUUGAGAAAAAUAUAAAAGGGUAUUGGCAGUUGUAAUAAUAAUAUCUAGGCUUCUUAUUUACUCUAAUCUUUUGCUCUUUAUAAACUACCUUUAAUUCUUUUGCACUUUUAGUUUGUAACACUUGUGAAAACAUGGGUUGCGUUAAGAAUAACUUGUUCAUGUUAUUGUUGUUGUUGGUGGUGGUUGUGUUUGUUAUUGGUGGCAAAAAGGCCGAGGCUCAAGUUCACCACGUAGUCGGAAAUGAUCGUGGUUGGGAACUCGCUUCCGAUAUCGCCUCGUGGGCUGCUGGCCGGAGCUUUGUUGUUGGGGACUUCCUAUGGUUUGCCUACUCUAGUGGCUUAGAAGAAGACAAGAUAGUCGAACUAAAAAGCAAGAAUGAAUUUGAGUCGUGUGAUCUGAGCAAACCAAUCAAAGUUUAUGACAACGGCUUAGAUAAAAUCUCACUAGAAGAGGAAGGGAUCCGCUACUUCGCAAGUACUAAUCCUGAAAGUUGCAAAAAAGGGUUAAAGCUUCCUGUUGAGAUCAAGUCCAAAUCAACGGAUGUGAUUCAAUCAUCAACUUCAUCAUGGAAUUCUGUAUUGGCCCAAGAACCCACUGCUCCAUCUUCUUCAACUAAGAUUUGUGGGCCCACUUUCAUAAUUAUUGCUACAAUCAUUUUCUAUUAUAUGGGGAUAUAAGUAUAUUAUCAUUUUUAUUAACUUGUUAUUACUUUUUGUUUGAACUUAAAUCUUAAAAAAAAAAAAAAAAAAAAAAAAAACAGUAUUAUUGUGAUUUGUGAUGGUGCCUAAAUUCUAUUUCAUGUGGCAGUAAAAAGGUGAAUAUUGAGUUUUGAACUUGUGGAAAUUGUAAUCAAUUGCUUGCUUAGCAUAUUAUUGCUCUUAUAUACAGACAUACUGUAAUGGUUUUUGUA